GUUGCUGAACGACAACCUGUGUUCUUCUCAAGGAAGCAACAAGUGUUAAUUCUGAGGGACUGCUGGAGUAACCAGAGCCAGGGCAAGGAAGAGCUGCGUGGGCUUGUCAUCCUCGGGACUGAAGUGAAGGGAUUUUGGGCUGAGCCAGCUUCUCCUACCUACACCCUUCCGGGAUAGGAUUUGGGGAACGUCCGGGGAAGGGCCCUUGUCCCUGCCCAAGAGGGAGGGAAGGAAACGGCCUCCACCUGCAGCGGUGCCGACGUCUGAGUGCCCGAGGAAGGCUCACUCCCGCCCCAAAGGCACGGCGCACUUCUUCGGCUGGUUGGUUUCACCGCUCCGUUCCUUCGCCUUCCCUUCGCGCUUGCCGGCGAUGUCUCCCCUCGUGGCUCGGACGCUCCUGGCCGCCGUCUCGGCUCUGGUCCUUGGCGUCUUCAUUUCGACCGGCGCCCAAGAAGCAGCAUCAACAGCAGCAGCAGCGGCCACGGCGACGGCGUCCCCGUCGGUCGGAGGGCACUUCGCUCAGGAUCUCUUCGCCGUCUUCGGAAGGAACCGGAGCCUCUCGAGCGAGCAGAUGGGCCGGAUGCUGCAGAUGUUGGGCGCCCGGCAGAAACAGAGCGAGUUCUUGGCCCCGGGAUCGCUGGAGCAUCUGCGCUUCAACCAGUGCAUGUCUUCUGAAGAUAUUUUUUCUCUGUAUGGAAUAUCAAACAGGACCAGUAUAAUGGAAUCCUCCUUCUCUACAAUAUGCCCUGCUGUCUUACAACAAGUGAUUUUUCACCCCUGUGAAAAAUCUGGUCCCAAAGGUAGUUCCAAGCCAUCUCCUACAGAAGUUUGGGGCUUUGGGUUCCUUGCUGUAACUAUAAUCAGCCUUGCAUCACUCCUUGGAUUGGUUUUAACACCUCUUUUAAAGAAGGACUAUUUCCCUAAGUUUUUAACCUACUUUGUAGGUUUGGCCAUUGGAACACUCUUCUCUAAUGCAAUUUUUCAACUUAUUCCAGAGGCAUUUGGAUUUGAUCCCAAAGAAGAUAACUACGUUGAAAAAGCAGUUGCAAUUUUUGGUGGAUUCUAUAUCUUAUUCUUUGUGGAAAGAAUUCUUAAAAUGAUAUUGAAGACCUAUAGUCAAAUGGGCCACAGUCAUUUUGAGCCUCAAGAACUGAAACUCCCUCAAGAUUGUUCUGCUCCUGCUGCUCCUAUAGAAUCAAUCAAACCAGUUAAUGGAACCAUGUGCUAUGCAAAUCCAGCUGUAGCAGAAGCUAAUGGAAACUUGGGUUUUGAUAAUGUCAGUGUGAUCUCUGGACAGAAAGAAGAAAUGCAAAGUAGUUCAUGCAAGUGUCUGAAAGGGCCUGCCCUAUCUGAGAUUGGUACAAUUGCCUGGAUGAUCACAUUAAGCGAUGCUUUGCACAACUUCAUUGAUGGAUUAGCCAUUGGAGCUUCUUUCACACUUUCCCUACUUCAGGGAAUUAGCACAUCUAUAGCAAUCUUGUGUGAAGAGUUUCCUCAUGAAUUAGGGGAUUUUGUCAUCCUUCUUAAUGCAGGAAUGAGCACAAGGCAGGCCUUGUUUUUCAAUUUUUUAUCAGCAUGCUCUUGUUAUAUUGGCCUAGUUUUUGGCAUAAUUGUAGGCAACAACUUCGCUCCAAACAUCAUUUUUGCAAUAGCUGGAGGCAUGUUUCUAUACAUCUCCCUUGCAGAUAUGUUCCCAGAGAUGAACGACAUGUUGAGAGAAAAAGUAACUGGAAGAAAAACAGAUCUGGUUUUUUUCCUGAUUCAAAAUGCUGGCUUGCUCACAGGGUUUACCGCAAUCCUGCUCAUCACUCUCUACGCAGGAGAAAUUGAACUGGAGUAAUGUGACAAGGAAGACAAUGAAAAUGGAAGAACUUCAUAAAGGAACUUGAAAGUAACAAAAGACACCUUGUUUGCUUCCGUCACGGAACACAACUUUUUUUCCCAUAAAAAUAAUAUAUAAAUAUAAAAAUAAUAUAUAAAAAUAAUUUUCUAAUAUGUGUUCUAGGAUAGCAUUUUCCUCCCUGUGUUUGUCCUAUGUUAGUCACUUUUAUAUCAGAGAGCAACAGUUUAGUGGUAUGAGAGGGCUACGUUAUGAAAGAGUUUGUCUGAAAAACAAACAGACAUUUAUUAUUUAUGUCAAUGAAAAUGUGCUACCAAACCUUUAUAUCAGAAAAGCCCCUGGGUUUGGAACUUUGUACUGAGAUCUGUUUUUAAGGUACGUGUGCAGCAUAAUUCAAACUUAAAUGGUUUACUGUAUAGAUCAAAUCCAGGGGUGAAAUCCAGCAGGUUCUGGAGAAUCGGUAGCAGAAAAUAUGAGUAGUUUGGAGAACCAGCAAAUACCACCUCUGGCUGGCCCCAGAGUUGGGUGGGAAUGGAGUUUUUGCAAUAUCCUUCCGCUAGGAAUAGGGGGAGGAUAGGAGAUUUUGCAGCAUCCUUCCCCUGCCACGCCCACCAAGCCACACCACGCCUACCAAGCCACGCCCACAGAACCAGUAGUAAAAAAAAUUGGAUUUCACCACUGAUCAAAUCCUAUAUAAAAAUAUACAGAAAAUUCAGUCCCAUUGUAAGGUAUGUGUUUAUAGCAUUUUAACUACAUAGGGACUCCUCUGAAUAGGAGAAAUCACACUGCCGUUUUGGUAUCCUGCUGGCCUAUCGCCUUCCUGAAUUAGCGUUAAAUACUUUCUUCAUUAAUUUUUAUGAAAAUGGUAUGGCAACUGGAAGACUUUGAUUUUACAGAUCUCUAGCUUCUGAAAAAUGGUUCGUUUUCCCUGCUAGGACGAAAGGAAUAGUAAUUUCCUCCCCCCUUCCCCUCCCCCUCCUCCUCCUCCUGACCUUCCUUCUCUCUCCUCCUCAUCACCCUGCUCCUCCUCUUUCCCUCUUUUUAGAGAAAUCACUGCCUUUUUUUUUUACUACAGUGUAAUUCAAAAUAGGUUUAAAAAUUUCCACCACAGAAAUUGUUAAUUAAAAAACAAACGUUUUUCACAAAAACUUAAAAAUCUUGCAGAAAUUCCAAUUUCUAAUUAAUAUUGGUUUAAUUGGACUUUCUUUUAUUUAUUUAUUUUUAUUUCUUUCAUGCUUAUGGGAGUGGCAUUAAAAAUAAAUUCAAAAGCUGGGGGAAAUUCAUCAACUUUUUAAUAAUUAAAAACAUUUAUAUUUCCCUGGUUAUUUCUAAAGGAAGAAUUAAACGGUAGACUGCCAUGAAACAUUGGACUUUUAUUACUGACUUUCAACAUAAAUGAGCCACAGUCAGCAUUCUAAACAGUUAAAGUUUCUUGUUAUAAAUUCCUUAGAAUUGGAAAGGACAGGAAAGCUAUGACUGUUGGCUGAAUUGCAUGUCUAGAUAGGCCCUAAAUAUUGAUUGCCUGUGUAAAUUUUUGAUAUAUAAACAAAGCUCUCAUAGGAAUUGUGUUCCAAUUUUAAUGGAAAGUCCAGCUUCAAUCCAAACAUUAAAUAAGAAGCCUGGUCAGGUAAAUGUUCCAUAUGAUUGCUAAUCCAAUAUUUACAAAUGUACUCAACAGUCUAACUCCAUGAUGGUGAACCUAUGGCCAUGAUGGCGAACCUAUGGCACACAUAGCCAUAUCAGUGGGCACGCAAGCUCAAUUCUAGCAUACAUGCCAGCCAGCUGAUUUUCAGGCCUUCUGGGCCCACCAGAAGUUAGCAAACAGGUCUCCGGGGGGGUGGGGAAGGCAGUGUUUGCCCUCCCCAGACUCCUAGAGAGGCUCUGGAGCCAGGUGAGAGAGAAAAACAGGCCUACCAGGUCAUUGCAUGCCAGGAAGGGGAGCUAGGGGGGUCGCGUGUGCAUGUAUGGGGGCGGGAUGCAUAAAAUUAUGGGUGUGCGCAUGUGCGCGCACGCCUCCCCAGCUCCUCACUCCUGGCACGCGAUGACAAAAAGUUUAGCUAUCACUGACCUAUGGCAUGCAUGCUAAAAGUGGCAUGCAGAGCCAUCUCUCUGGACAUGCGAGCUGUUGCCCGCUGCUCUUCCGGGUUCCGGCGUGCCGACCAGCUGGUCUUCACAUGUGCGGGAGCGUCAGAAACAGGAACAGCAGACGCCCGAUGCACAUGCACAUGUUGGGCGGAUGCUCUUCCAGUUUCCAGUGCAUAUAUGCGUACCAGCCACCUGGUCUUCUGGCGCGCAUGUAUGUGUGAAGACCAGCUGGAUGGUGCGCAUGUGUGCACCAGAAAUUGGAAAAUCAUUUCCUGGUGUGCACAUGUGCUGGGCAGCUGCUGGUUUUUGCACGUGCAUGCGUGCCAGAAACCGGAAGACAAAGUGGCCAGCACACAUGCGCGUACCAGAAACCAGAAGACCAGCCGCUCCGGGGCGCACAUCUGCCUUGGGUGGCUGCUCUUUUGGUUUCUGGCAUGCAUGCUCCCGUUUUAGCACUCGGUGCCGAAAAGGUUAGCCAACACUGGUCUAACUUAACUGGUUCAUAACCAAUAUAAUUUAUUCUAGCGGGAGAAUGGUUCUUCAGUCUUUCAAGGAGGGAUCUUUCCUGGAAUUGCUACAUUAAAUUCUUUAAUCCAGGGAUGAACAACUUUAUAAAAAAAAAUUGAUUAAAAAAAAAAAAAGACUGUGUCCCAACAGGAAUGGCUAUUAUAUACGGAUAUUACAGAAUGGGUCAAUGUAGAAAAUAUUGACAAAUUUGAGGGACAAACAUUUAGGUUUUCAAAAGCUUUACAUGCCCAUUUUAGGUUUUAUUUCCCCCAAAUUAUCCAUGUUGCCCCAAAUCAUUAUUUUCCCACCACGUUUAAUGAAAACUUUUGGAGGAAUUAAGGAAUUACAAGAAAGUUAUGGUAUUCCUAUUGUUGAUUUAAUCUAGGAGCAAUGAAGAUGGACCUAUGCAUGUACUUUGCAUAUACUUAUCAUUUGGGGUCCUGCCUAGAUAUAUGCACAGUUUUUAAAAGUCUUCAUACAUUUUAGUAAAGAAAACACAUUGUAUUCCUGCAUUUAUUUUUACAAAUUUGAUUUUACAUCUUGAUGGAUAUAUAUUUUUUCUUGCUGUAAUUUAGUUCUUAUUCAAAUUUAUGUGUACUCUAACAUAUAUACAGAUUGAUAUCUUUUUUUGGCAAAUAAUAAUAAUAACGCAAGAAACUUGAUACUGUGGACAGAAAAAGGAAGAAGAAAAUAAUGGCAUAUUUCUCUUCCAUUUUACAGCAGUUUGGAGGAUGUGUGCAAUAUUUAUUACAAAUUAUGCAUAUUUUCUACAGUACUAGGAAAUUUCAACUGGGCACUACUUUAUAGAUGUAUGGUAUACUUACCUACUUGAUUUUUGAGAUGAGAUCUGACUUUGUUAAUAUAUUUCCUGUGAAGCAAUAAAUUAGAUUUACAGAAUCUA